AUGGUGGACGGGGCGAGUGCAACACACCACGACAGCCCUGUUGGUACGUGUUUGUGUCGGUGGAUGCGGUCUGCGGAGGGUGCGUGUCCGCGCGGCCGGCACCGUGUGCGGCGCAGGGCCGUUGCGACUGUGCGUGCGGCGCUGCUUGUGGCGUUGGCGCUUGUGGCGUUGGCAGCGUGGAUGCCCGCGGUGCAUGCGGUGGUGUUGCGACUGCGGGGCGGCACGGUGGACAGAGCCAUCACGGUUGGCCGCGCCGUGGACACGGUGCUGAUGGACGGCGUGUACAUCACGAACGGCGUGGCUGUGGUGUUUGACGUGCCUGCGAUGCUUCCCGGCGCGCUGCGCAUCGAACUGAGGGAUUGUGUGUGCGACGGCGGUGCGCAGAUCUACGUGCGGGGCUACAGCGGCGAGCCGGCGACUGACCGGAGCCUGGAGGUGAGCGUGAGCGGGCUGUCCGGCGACUACUGCUCGCUUGUGUUUGUGCACAACCUGCCGGCACACACGAACGUGACGGUCCGCGACUCGACGAUUGUGACGCCUGGACCGAUGCGCUAUUCCCAGCUGAGCGGGCUGACGGAUGCGGUGGCGUCGCCGCUUGUGCUGCACGCGACGUCGCUGUUGCAGACGCGGCUGCGUGUGAGCAACACCGUGCUGAGGUCUUCGCAGGCGGGCGGGUCGGCGGUGUACGUUGGCGGCGGCGUGGACCUGCUGUCGAGCGCGUUGGUGUUUGACGGCGUGUCGCUGGAGGCGUCGGGCGGUCCGACCGCGUCCGCGAUGCGUGUGGCGUCCUCGUCGCGUCUCAGCCUGCGGAGCCACUCGGUGUUCUCCGUGACGAACGUCUCGGUUGUGAGCAGCGGCGGCGGCAUUGUGCUUGGCGAGCGCCUCGCGGUGUUUGAUUCGGUGCUGCGCUUCGUGGGCGUCGAGGGGUCUGCUGCGUCCUCGCUGGUGUGCUGCGACGGUGGGACGGUCGGUGGCGGCGGGUGGCUGGAGCUGCACGACGUGUGGGCGGUGGGCGAGGCGUCGUCUGUGGCGUCGCUGUCGGGGGUGACGCUGGGCGGCGGCACCGUGUCGAUUGCGCGCUGCGCUGCCACUGGCGCGACGCUUGUCUCCGGGCCGACGAUCACGAGCGGCGUCGUGUCGGUGCAGUGCAACCGUGCCGGCGGCCGGGUGCUGCAGAGCAGCGGCGACUACCGCAUGGCCGGCCUGUCCUCCGUGAGCGUGGUGCCGUGCGACGGCUGUGCGGCCGCGCUGGCGUGCUUCGAUGCGCUGACUGCGUCGUUCUCCGACUGCGCGUGCAGCUGCCGUGCCGGCGGUGUGGGCGAGGCGUGUCUGCCGUUCGACGUGCCGCCUGCGAGGGCCGGCGGCGGUGGUGGCGAUACUGCGGAGGGCUGCGUGAGUGGCGUGACGCUGACGGAGUCGGUGACGGUUGGCGGCCGGCGUGCGACGGCGUGCUUCGACUCGGUGGUGUUCGGUGGGCCGAUCACUGUGGCGGUGGACCUGCGCUCGAUGGACGCGCUCGCUGACGCGCUGAACGUGACGCUGCGCCACUGCGUGCUUGCGGACGGCGCGCAGCUGCGGAUUGGCGGCCUCAGCGAGAGCACGGCGCGCCUGAUGCCGCACGUCCUCGUCAACAUGACGAAUGUGACUUCGAUGGAGGGCACGAUUGUGCUGCACGGCGCGAUGCCGCUGCACUCGAGUGUGCUGCU